CAGCUCCUCCAGUGCAAACCCCUGCACACUCCAGCUUGACUCUCCAUCAGGCACCGCAAUGACAGAAAAAGCCACCUUGGAGGCCCCUGCCUGUGGUCUGGAGGAGACCGCCUCUGAGUCUGCCCGUGUGCCCCCUACAGAGCCCUCUGGAGACACGGCAGCUCUGCAGGCUCCUGGGGGGGAGCAGGCUCCCGGGGGGCAGCAGGCUUCUGAGCCACAGGAGUCUGCCCAUCAGCCUCCUGACCCCGCAGCCUCUGCAGCCCCCGCAGCCCCCACAGCCACUGACCCUGCACUUCCACAUGAAGAUGUCCCCAGUGCCCCGCUGCUGCUGGCCGUGGAGGAUGUGAGUGACAGCUCGGUGACUGUGAGCUGGGAGCCUCCAGAGAGGCUGGGGAGGCUGGGGCUUCAGGGCUAUGUGCUGGAACUCCGUCGAGAGGGAGCCUUGGACUGGGUGCCUGUGAAUGCCCGGCCCAUGAUGGUGACCCAGCAGACCUUGCGGAACCUGGCUGUAGGUGACAAGUUCUUCGUGCGCGUGGCUGCAGUGAGCUCUGCAGGGGCUGGCCCACCAGCGGUGCUGGAGCAGCUUGUCCACAUCCAGGAGACCAUCGAGGCCCCCAAGAUCCGUGUUCCCCGGCACCUUCGUCAGACCUACAUUCGCCAGGUGGGAGAGUCGAUUAACCUGCAAAUUCCCUUCCAGGGGAAUCCCAAGCCUCAGGCUUCAUGGACCCACAACGGUCAUGCCCUGGACAGCCAGCGGGUGAGCGUGCGCACUGGGGACCAGGACUCCAUCCUCUUCAUCCGCUCAGCCCAGCGCUCUGAUUCAGGCUGCUAUGAGCUCACUGUGCAGCUGAAAGGCCUGGAGGCCAAAGCAGCCAUCAACAUCCUGGUGAUUGAGAAACCUGGACCCCCCAGCAGCAUCAGACUGCUGGAUGUCUGGAACUGCAAUGCUACCCUCCAGUGGACACCGCCCAAGGACACAGGCAACACAGAGCUCCUGGGCUACACGGUGCAGAAGGCAGACAGAAAGACAAGGCAAUGGUUCACGGUGAUCGAGCGCUGCCGCCCCACCACCUGCACUGUCUCUGACCUCAUCGUGGGCAACUCCUACUCCUUCCGAGUUUUCUCAGAAAACCUGUGUGGACUCAGCGCCUCAGCAGCCGUCACCAAGGAGCUCGCCCACAUCGUAAAGACAGAUAUUGUUGCCAAACCUAAAAGCUUUGUUGAGCGAGACUUCUCCGAAGCCCCCUCGUUCACUCAGCCCCUGGCUGACCACACCUCCACCCCCGGCUACAGCACACAGCUCUCCUGCAGUGUCCGAGCUUCACCCAAGGCCAAGAUCAUCUGGAUGAAAAACAAGAUGGACAUCCAGGGUGAUCCCAAAUACCGAGCUCUCUCUGAGCAAGGUGUCUGCACCCUAGAGAUCCGGAAACCCAGCCCCUUUGAUUCCGGAGUUUACACCUGCAAGGCCAUCAAUGUGCUGGGGGAGGCGUCUGUGGACUGCCGGCUGGAGGUGAAAGCCUCAGCCACACACUGAGGAGCCUCUGGUGGAAGCUGUGAAGAGGAGAAAGGUGCCGCAGACCUGAGGGGUCAGGGCUGCCAGGCCCAGAAUCAAGCGCCUCAGAGGCCGGAGGUAUUCACCCCACAGCGACAGCUGAUGGCUUUGCUCCUCGGUACCUGCCUCGCCUCUGUCCCUCCACUGGGAGCGGGCCGAGCAGGCCUCUGGACAGGCUUCUAGACACCAGGAGUCCUGGAAGGUGCAAAGAUCGGAGCCCUCCUGCAAAGAGUCAUAUGCUGGGCGGGAAGCACUUGAAUAAAGGUGUUUGGUGUUA